AGAGACGCUGAUCAGCUGAGCUGAGUGCUCUGGUCUAGUCUGGCAACGGUCGAGCUGGGCCAUGUCCUGUCCUGGUGCAUGGUGCCUUGCAGCUUGGUGGGUGAAGGAAGAAAACGUUUGUAUGAAAUGUCAGUCCCGUAGUGCCGUACUGUAGAAAGGCACCGGCGCCCCGCUGAACCGUAACGACGCUACGUAAGGUUGCAAGAUUCCAGCCUUUCCAGGUCGGGUCGUCGGUAGUCGUGCUCCCGCAGGUUUUCGGAGCUGUGCCGGAAGGCGACGGAACUGGCUUGUACUCGUACGGUCUCGUCGCUGUUGUGUGAUUGCAUUCCGUCACUAGCUGCUAGCGAGUUGAAGUCCUCCUAUCUGCGCAGUAGUACUAGUAGCGGCUGCAAGAACUAGGAAAGUGUUCACUCGUUAUCUGUUGUCCGAGCGGCGAUGGCUUGGACAUCAUCGGCUGGGGGCACGGACGGCAAUCGUCCUCCUCGCCCGCUCGUCGACCUGGCCGAGCAGCUUGCGCUUGCGGCUGCUGCGGAUUUCGCACGUCGUCUAGCUGAUCUUGUUGUGCUGGAAGAUGCGCCGAGCGGCCACAGCGGAGCAGAUCCGGCAUCCGCAUCGCCAGCAGUGGAAAGGAGCCGCUCGACGGGAGCGAGCACUCCCGACGGAGAAUUGGAUCGUGCGGAUGCUGAGGAAUUGGAUUUGCUCCGGAGUCGAAUGCACUCGCUAGCCACCCUAUUUUCCGACAAGUUUACCGCGUGCGUGGACGAGCAAGUGACGACUCUGUGGAAGCAGCAGCUGCAGAAUGACGACGAGCGGCCUGAGGGUAGCGACGCAGCCGCUGCGGGAGUUGUACCGAUGAAAAAGGGAGCCAAACUUCGGCGUUCGUUCAAGAAGAAGUUUGGUCGCAAGAAGCACAAAGAGAGUCCUGAAGCGGAGGCGGAGCGAAAGCAGAUGAAAAAGCUGGAGAAAGAAGGUCCUCUCAAACAGCUAAUCGACAUCGACGGCACGAGCAUCCAAUGGGUGAAGUGCCGCGUGAGCUUGAAGCGACAACCCGGUGGUUUCAUGCUCAGCUUCUUCUCACCACCAAAGUCCACACACCCGCGCAGUGGCAUAUUCUGCUUUCUCAUCACGGAGGUUCGGCAGACGACGCAUGAAGAGCUUCCCGACACGGAACACAGCUUCGUCGUGCGGGGGGAGAAUAAUAUGGAAUACAUUCUGCUGUGCCACAGCAACACCGACAUGUGGUCGUGGAUAGCCGCGCUGCGCGAGUGCUCACGACUGGAUUCCGUAAAACGGAACAUCAAGACGGGCGAGAACGGUGCAGGUCUGUAUGAGGUGCAGUCGGAUGACGACGAUGACGACGAACCUCCUCCGCCGCCACCACCUCCGGACAACGCAUCCGGCGACGGCAUCGACCCUCCACCUCCGCCACCGGAUGGUGUUAGCAAUGUACCGCACCCACGUGCUGGUGCUGGUGGUGGUGCUGGUGCUGGUGGUGGUGGCAGUGGAUUGAAAGCAUCUACAAGCGCUAGUAGUCUGGAUGGUCUGAUUUCUCCGGUUCCAGCCUUGCCAGACGGAAAUGAAGGCAUUCGCCGGCAGCCGUCGGUGGAUUCAGCCGGUUGCGAUAACAUCUCUCAGUUCCUGGAGCCACUGCAGACGCAGCCAUGGUUCCACGGCAUGCUGUCCAGGCAGGAGGCCACGAUGCUGGUUUGCCAGGGCGCGUCGCAGGCACACGGCACAUUCCUGGUACGACAGAGCGAGUCCAGACAGGGGCAGCUGGUGCUUACUUUCAACUGUCGUGGACGAGCCAAGCACAUGAGAAUGACAAUAAUACGCGGAGGCCAGUGCAAAGUGCAUCAGUGGACGUUUGACAAUGUCUUUCACAUGCUAGACUACUUCAAGAUACACCCGGUUCCCCUCGACAACGGGACAGAGAGCGACGUCAUCCUCUCAUCCUACGUCGUCGCGGCGUAUUCCGGGGGCGGGCCCAUGUCCCCGGGGUACAACGCCGGCCCCGGCAUCCCGUCGCCCGGAUUUCCCACCAAUCUGCCGGGCCUGCCGUCGCCCGGACCUGGGCACGGGGCCGGGGCGUUUGCCCCCGACCUACAGCAGCAGGUCUCCCCAAUGAGACUGGCGCCGGGCGAGGGCGCUCACCCGGCGUACGUAAACGACGUGUUCCCCGGCGGGAUCAUGAUCUCACCGCCGAGCAUGCAGGCGCUUCACGAACGCUCCGCGUCCAACCCGGUGGUGAUGUUACCGCCGGGGGCAGGACAGGUUGGCGCUGGCAUGGUGGGUGUUGGUGGCGGCAGCGGUCCGAACAGUCCCGGGGGUUACGCCAUGCAGUCGAUGAGGGUGGCCGUCACCAGUAGCGGUCCCGUCAGUCGACCGCGCAGCACCACAAUGUCGGCCUCGGACAGCAUUGGUGGCGGCGGUGUUGGUGGUGAGUUCAGAUCCAUGCCGCUGGCACGCCCGUCGAACGACUAUCAGAUCUCAUGAGUACGGU